GAAGCCGGAAGUGCAAGUCGUUGCUACUGCCACUGCCACCGCAAUGCAGAGGGAGGAAAAGCAGCUUGAGGCAUCAUUAGAUGCACUGCUGAGUCAAGCAGCUGAUCUGAAGAACUCACUGGGAAGUUUCAUUUAUAAGCUGGAGAACGAGUAUGACCGGCUGACCUGGCCUUCGGUCCUAGACAGCUUUGCCUUGCUCUCUGGACAGCUGAACACCCUGAACAAGGUCUUGAAGCAUGAAAAGACACCACUGUUCCGUAACCAGGUCAUCAUCCCUCUGGUGUUGUCCCCAGACCGAGAUGAAGAUCUCAUGCGGCAGACUGAGGGACGGGUACCUGUUUUCAGCCACGAGGUAGUGCCUGACCAUUUAAGAACCAAGCCUGACCCUGAAGUUGAAGAGCAGGAAAAGCAACUGACGACAGAUGCUGCUCGAAUUGGUGCUGAUGCAGCCCAGAAGCAGAUCCAGAGCUUGAAUAAAAUGUGUUCAAACCUUCUGGAGAAAAUCAGCAAAGAGGAACGAGAAUCAGAGAGUGGAGGUCUCCGGCAGAACAAGCAGACGUUUAACCCUGCAGACACCAAUGCCUUGGUGGCAGCUGUUGCCUUUGGGAAAGGGCUGUCUAACUGGAGACCCUCAGGUAGCAGUGGUCCUGGUCAGCCAGGCCAGCCAGGAGCUGGGACAAUCCUUGCAGGAGCCUCAGGAUUGCAGCAGGUGCAGAUGACAGGAGCUUCAAACCAGCAGCAGUCAAUGCUCAGUGGAGUACAGAUGGCCCAAGCAGGUCAGCCAGGGAAAAUGCCAAGUGGAAUAAAAACCAACAUCAAGUCAGCUUCAAUGCAUCCCUACCAGCGGUGAGUGUGGCUGGAAACUUCCAAUCCCAGGUGAUCUUUACAGAGCUGGGCAGUGAGAUUACCUUUUGCCCAGUGCUGAUGAAAUGGGUACAAUAAAAGAACAUGGGCUUUUGGCAACAGACAAACCCCAGCACUGACUAGCUGUUUGACCUUGGGCAAGUGACCUAAUUUUUCUGAACUGGUUUCUUCAUCUGUGAAGUGGGGAUGGUAACACCUACUUCAGGAUUGUUGUGAAGAUUAAAGUGAGAAAAUGAAUGUAAAACACUUAGUACAGUACAUGAAAUAAUGAAUAUUCAAUAAAUGAUAGUUUCUGCAAUCACUUCUCUCCAUGGUCCUCCACAAUCCUUGAUCCAGGACUUUUGUGAUCUGAUACUGCUUUAUGUCAGGGUGAGCUGAUGGACACAAGAUC